AUGGCGAACAGACUUUAUGUCGGAAAGACGGCGGCAAGAUGCCGAGACUGGGGCUAUGAGAUGAGAUCUUGGAUCUCGAUCGCCCUGACGUACCUCGGCGACAAUCCAGUCGAGCGAGCUGCUAACGGAAUGUGACAAGAGCGGUUCACCAGCCAUGUGAGUCGUGCGAGCUGCUAUGCCUUCCUUUUAUUACCCCUUCCCCAUGAUCCUCUCCUCCGACUACUCCUACUCCUCGCCCCCUCUCCUCCUAUGAACGCCAAAUAUUCCCGUGCCCGUUCAGAGUCUCCAGUCUCAGAUGACUCCCUCGACGCCGUCUACCGUCCUGGCUUCAAGUCCCGCCGGCGCACUUACAUCAGUGCUGCCGUUCUGCUAACAUUCCUUUCCUUGAUGGCUCUUGUUUCCUUUUCAUUUUGGACGGCGUCCCCCACUGUCAGUCGAGCUGCAGAACCUAGCCACGAGGAUUCCUCAGAAUUGACCGCAGUGGAACCUGAUGUCCUCGGUCCUUCGAAUUAUGUACUUGGAGCACCCACUGAGCACUUUAGAGAUAACCUUCGCCCCGACGUACAGUACAUAACAUCUUGGAUCUCUGCGGGUUGGAGUGAGUUAUUUUGUUGACGAGCCGAGAUGGGACGACUGACGGCCAACACCCUGCCUAGCAAACGACGUGAUGACUUAUGUUCGUCAAUCUUUGCGUAUCCAUCAAUAUGGACUGAAUUUUUUUUCCAGGUUAAUUUGAUCUAUCUGGGAAUGAUCACCGACCGAGUACCCGUCAUUCCAAUGUUUACGCCGUCGCAUAUUGGUGGUUCCGUGCCCCCCAUUGCUUUCGGUGAUGUUUUUGAUGUUCCGCGUCUUCGGAAAGCUCUAAACAAGCCGAUCAUCGAGUGGCGCGACGUCAAAGAUCCGGCCAGUAACCAACUCGACAACCUGGGCUGCUGGAAUGUUUGGGAAUCUUCGCAGUUUUACGAAGCACAUCCGCGUGGAAGCCCUGUCCUAUACCAUCUUGGGUUGG